UUGAAAGAAGAAAAAAAGAAAGAAAAACAGAGAGAAAGAAGGAGAUUUAAAAGGAGACUUUUGCAAACUAAGGAUCCGCUUAUAACGGAGACUCUCUCACAAAUUCUUGUUCUCUAUUUUUUUUCCUUUUUUUUCUCUGUUUCUCUCGUUUUUUUCAGCUCUGUUUGGGUCUCGGAUAGAAAUUGAAAAACAGAGACAGACACAGGGACAGAGACAGAGAGAGGGAAAGGAUUCAAAGUUCCGAAGUGAAGGAACAGCUGUUCCUCGUCCAUGCCGGGAUUUUAACCUUUCUCUCUCCUCAGGUAGGACAGUGUUCAUUUUGUCAAGCUUCUUAAGCUCUUCAAUGCCAUAUCUUUCCCUGGAUAAGAUUUUGCUUGAAUAAUGGAGCACCAAAGGCCUAUUGUCUCCUUUCGAAUGACUUAAAUUGAAGGUCAGUGGUUUCCCUGGAGCUUAUCUGCUUUUGUGCCUGCUUCUUCUAAGGUUGGCUUCACUAGUAGCAGUCUUUAUAAAGGAUCAUCGACAUAAUGGGUGGCUGCGUCUCUGUCCACAGUGAACCGGCAGAACCUAAACCACACAAAAGACACUCUGGCAGAUUUCAUAAGCGCCAUGGAAAGGUUGCCACUUCCAUUCCUGAUGUACGUAUGAAAAGGCUGAGUGAUGCUGGGAGUCAUAUCACAGAUUUUGCUGUUAGUGAGUAUGUUCAUCUUGACUUUGAGAAUGGUGCUUCAACCACCUGCAAGCGCUCUGAGGUGUCUAAUAUGACAUUUCAUCUAACCCAGCUGCAAUGGAACCACAGUCAAAUUGAUGCCAAUGGAAAUUAUUUUGCAGGAAGAUGCCAAGAGGAAGUAUGGUUCGAUUCUGUUAGCAUUAUAGAGUCUGAGUCAGAUGAUGAUGCCGGUAGUGUUUACGGAGAUGCAUUUCCUUCAGUAGGUAAUGCAAUUGGGAAUAUUUCUAAUGCGCAAGUGCUUCAGUAUGAAAGUGCAUCAUGCUUUGUGGAUAAUAGGUCUAAGUAUGAAAGAUUUUAUGAAAGUUACAGCUUUAAGGGCCUGAAAGAUGGCACAGUUGAUUUGGGAGAGAAAACCCAAGAGAGCAGAAAGAAAUCCACAGUUAUCAUGCUUUCUGUGAAGAGGAAAUCCUUUGAAGGGGAUGAAAUCACAGAAUUUUGUGCAGCUGAGAGGUACUUGUAUCGUCCCAGAGCAGGACUUCUAAUUCGUUGCUCAGGAGAGAAACCAACUCCAGGAAGCUGGUCAGAGAUUUCUCCUUCACUUUUCAAGCUCCGUGGAGACAAUUAUUUUAGAGAUAAACAGAAGCUCCCUGCUCCAGACUGUAGCUCAUACGUACCAAUCGGGGUUGAUUUAUUUGUCUGCCCAAGGAAAGUGAAUCACAUUGCUCAACACCUUGAACUCCCACAUGUAAAACCACAUGAAAAAGUACCUGCACUUCUGAUUGUUAAUAUACAGGUGCCUACUUAUCCUGCCUCCAUGUUUCUUGGUGAUGCCAAUGGGGAAGGCUUGAGUCUUGUCUUAUAUUUUAAGGUGUCAGAUACUUUUGACAAAGAUAUAUCCCCUCACUUCCAGGACACCAUAAAGAAAUUUGUUGAGGAUGAAAUGGAAAAGGUUAAAGGGUUUACAAAAGAGUCCACUGUUCCUUUCAGAGAAAGGCUAAAAAUUAUGGCUGGUGUGGUUAACCCGGACGACCUCCAGUUAGGUUCCACUGAAAGGAAGCUUAUUCAAGCUUAUAACGAUAAGCCGGUGCUUUCUCGCCCUCAACACAAUUUUUACAAGGGACCAAAUUACUUUGAGAUUGACUUGGAUAUACACCGCUUUAGUUACAUCUCCAGGAAAGGACUUGAAUCAUUUCUAGAGCGUAUGAAGAAUGGAAUAGUUAAUCUGGGUUUGACUAUUCAGGCACAAAAACCAGAAGAACUGCCCGAGCAAGCCUUGUGCUGUUUGCGGUUGAACAAGAUUGAUUUUGUAAAUCGUGGCCAAAUUCCUACCAUUGUAACCGUCAAGGAUGAAUUAUUUGAACAGACACCAGGAGAAUGAUGCAUCUAAAUCCAACAGUUCAAGGCAGAAUUUUAUGAAAAUAAAAGAAAUUUUUUGUUGAAAAAUAUGUGAAGUUCAUUUUUGAAUCCAUAAGUGAAAAUUGUUGGUAAAUUCUAACUAUUAUCUAAGACAUCUUUACGAGUAUUCUUUGCAUUCAUUUAUUUUGUUACUGCUGCCAUUGUAGUUUCUAUAUCUACAACACCAGCAGUUACCAGAAUAUUGACACCAGAUCUUUGUUGUAAGGUGCCUAUUUUG